AUGGCUCCAUUCUACAAGACGGCAGCAACACUUUGUCUCGUCGCCCUCUGCGGGCUCCAAUCGGAGGCAGCAGACGGUACAAAAUACAAAUUUACGCCAGAAGAUGUAACUGAAGAAGCAUACUUGGCGGCCAACUUGGUCCGCAAUGGAAAUCUCCCAGUUCAUAUUAGCGAAGUCUCAAAGGACGACACGCUUGUUACUUCCUUGAAGCAAAAUGUAGAAGCCAAAGAAGCAUCUACUGACGGAACCUGCGAGACGUUGAUAGAAGGCGAUAUUAAGGAAGGAUUUCACCACAUUUUCGAGUACGAGGUCGAGACAAAAGCCGCUCAUGACUACCGUCAAUUGCUGCAGGAAGCCCUUGACAAGGGAUUGGCAGUCUUCACGGACAAAAUAUACCCUAAGGACGAACAGGCGUGGGAAAAGAUCUGGGAGAAAAAAGACGGUGCCAAUUUGGCAUACCUUCUAGGGUCUAACAGCACUACAAUUGGAUGCGUCAUUGGUAACUGUACCGAAGUACCGAGUGACGUUGAUGAGCUGAGCGAUCAACCUGAAACUAAAAAGCAAAAGGCCGUGCUUUUCUGUCUACUAAGCCCUGCAACGGCGAGUAAUGCGGCCCCCUUUACUGAGGAGUACUUCAAGGGGCUUAUAGAACGAACAACACUACUAAAGGAUAUGACAAAAGACGACCUGAAGCCUUCUGUAGGAAAUGGCACCGCAGAAGCUGCAGUCCCUACCAUUCUAAUUGCCGGUUUGGUUGCUAUGCUGACGGCCGUCUCUGCCUAA